AUGAAGAACAACGACAAUAUGUGUUUUCUGUGGAGUCAUGUGAGACAUCUAAGACCUAAAGCUAGAAGAGCAACUACUAUUACACGGAAGGAUAGGGAGUUCGUAGACAACCUGGAUUAUAAGGAUAUAGAAUUCCCUGUGAAGGUAAGUGAUAUUGAUAAAAUUGAGAGGAAAAACAGUGUAAACAUAUCAGUGUUCGGUUAUAAGGGUAAAAAACAGUUCUAUCCUAUAAGAAACUCAAAGGCUAAAUACGAUGAGCAUAUGGAGUUGCUGCUGCUAGGUAACGGUGAAGGUAACAACCACUAUGUGCUCAUAAAGGAUGUGAAUAGAAUGCUUUUCAGCGUAAGUGGAUACACACACAAGAAACACUUUUGUUUACACUGUCUUCAUAGUUGUGUGAGUAAAGAGUCACUGGAAAAACAUAAGGAGACAUGUCUGGAGGUAAAUGGAACUCAGGCUGUAAAGCUUCCCAAGGAAGGUACUAAAAUAAAGUUCAAAAAUCACAGGAACUCGAUGCCUGUACCGUUCGUGAUAUACGCUGAUUUUGAGUCAAUACUGGUACCAGAGGAGAGAAAAGUGGAGUCAGAAAACCCUGAGGACAAAAGUAGUACAGACCUUUACCAGACACACAAGGCUUGUAGUUUUGGUCUAAAGACUGUCUGCCAUUAUGAUGAUAAGUACUCUGGUGAGUAUAAGAGUUACGUUGGAGAGGAUGCUGCACUGGUAUUCCUGAAGACUGUAUUGAAAGAGUCCUUCAGAUGUAGAGAGAUGGUUAACAAUAUAUUCAAGAAAAAGAUGGUAAUUACACCUGAAGAAGAAGCUGAGUUCUGGAAGGCAAGAAACUGUUCAAUAUGUGGUAACGAUCUUGGUGAGGACAGAGUAAGGGACCAUGAUCAUGUAACAGGAAUGUACCGUGGAGCUGCUCAUAAUAUAUGCAACCUAAAAUACAGAAUUACAUGGAAAGUACCUGUGGUCUUCCACAAUCUGAGAGGUUACGAUAGUCAUCUAAUUAUGCAGGAAAUUGGUAAGUUCAAGAUGAACAUUAACGUGAUCCCAAAUAAUAUGGAAAAAUAUAUUUCAUUCUCACUGGGUAAAAAUCUUGUCUUCAUAGCACGGGAUGAAAAGUUGGAUUCGCACCGAAUUUGCAACAGCGGCAAAUGUGGUACAAAUUCAGUUUACUAA